GAAAGCUCCGCCCUGUUUCGCGGCAGUGCGACGGAGGGUAAACAAACCGCCCGUGCGUUGCGUCAGUUCUUCCUUUUUCCACGGGAAUUUGGGCUUCUGUCAGCGGUGAAGUAUGGCGGACGAUUGGAAGUCAGCCGCUUUCCGUCAGAGGAUCAUUGCCCAGCUGGAGGAAUUGAUACGGCAGACACCAGCAGGCAACCAGAAGUCUGCUCAUGAUCUAGAACAUCAGGUCUUUCAGAGAUCAUCAAAACGAGAUGAAUAUUUGCAGUAUAUUGGUCGUUUGGUGUCCCACAUGCGGGAAGUGGCCCAAAGUAAUACUAAUCCACAGACAAGUAACCCACAAUUAGCUGCAGUAUUAGCAGGCCAACAGGUUCCAGCUGGUCAGAUGGUUGGGACACCAAUGACAGGACCAGGUGGACCAGUAACAGGUGGUCCAAAUGCUACAAUCAUCACUGGACAAAAUAUUCAGAAUAUGCAGGGAGGGCCAAGAAUGGGUCAGCCCAUGAUGCCAAACCUUCCUAAUCAAGCCAAUGAUAUUCCUAAUUGGCCAGGAAAUAACCACCAGCGAUUAUCGGAUAUUCAGAUGGGAAACGUUAACAAAAAACAACAAGGUAUAACUAUUAAUCAAAUGAGCGGGCAACCUGGCAAGAUUAACACGAUCCAGAUGACUAUUGGCCAAAACAUGCAGACACCACAGAUAGGACAGUUCACUGGGCAGAUGGUUGGCCGUGGGGGAGGACCCAGACAGCCCCGAGUUCCUUCCCCUGGGUUUCCAGGUGGUGUCCAAGCUGUGCCAAGGCAAGGGACACCCACACCAAGUAGUGCCUCCCCUGCACCCCCUCUUUCAGCACCAAGCAAUCUUGUGUCUCCUUCACCAUCAUCCAACAUGGUUCCCUCACCUGCCGGACCCAAUAGUGCAGGGAUGGGCCGAGGUGCCAGUCACAUUGGGGCACCCUCACCUGGUGGAAUAAUCAACACUCCUGGUCAGAUCCAGCAACCAUCACCUGCAGCUCAGGGUAUGACUAACAGUCAGGCUGAAGAAGCAGCCUAUAGAGAAAAAGUGCGGCAACUCAGUAAGUAUGUAGAUCCCCUACGCCGUAUGAUUCAAAGAAUUGGGAAUGAAGAUGCGGAAAAAUCAUGCAAGAUGAAGCAGUUGCAUGACAUGUUGCAAAAUCCCCAAAGGCGAAUGCCCAUGGAAACUCUACUGAAGUGUGAACAGGUGUUAGAAAAACUAGAAAUUCAUCGUGAUGCAGAGGUACCCCCAAGCAUGGAAAAUCGCAUUGCAGGAAUGACAGAAUCUGUAACAAACGCACUGAAAUCUCCCUGUGCUGCCCACACUCUUCAUCGUACGAUAUCACCAGCUUUGUCAGUUCUUUUAGGGCCAAAUCUCACUAAUAAUCCAAUUAAGCCAGUGAAACGAGAUAACCCUCUGCAGCCUCCACCAGAAACCCCGAAUAUUAGUGAUGUUAUUCAGGGUGAAGUGGCUCGUCUCAAUGCACGCUUCAGGGUCAACUUAGAUUGUCAACAGCCACCUGGGAGUGAUGACCUGACACUGAUCUGCCAGUUGGAUGACCCAAAUUUGCCAUGUGUACCACCAAUUACCCUAACUGUCCCUGCAGGCUAUCCCUUGAAGCCUCCACGAUGUGAUUUACUAGCUGUAGAUUAUGAAACAACUGACUUCCUAAAGAGUGCAAGAGAGAGCAUGAUGGUUCGACUGCGCAACAUGCCCCCACACUGUAGCCUCACCAUGAUGCUCCAUAGUUGGGAAAUGAGUGUACGUCAGGCUUGCUCACCAAAGCAAUCUGUGACAUCUGCUGUUGUCUCAGCACUUGCUAUGACUGCUGGAUUUUAAAGAGAAUUGCACACCAUUUGGGUUAUAUCUCCUUAAAUAUAUAAAUCUGGAAAUUUCAAGUUGACUUAUCAAGAUCUAUCCACUGCAGUUUGGUUAUUACUAGACAGUUGUCAAGUUUACAUAUGUUUUGCAUGGUUAUUUAAAUGUAAAACAUCUACUAAAUAUGCAUAUUGUUGCUGACUAAGCAUUGAUAUUAUUGCAUUCACAAAGAUGCUAGGUCAGUAAGAAAAUGAUAGGUGAAUAUUUUUGUAGGUAUGUAUAUUGUACCUGGAUCACUGUGGUAUAAUCAGUGUCUGGUUUAUAAUAUAAUAGGCUGCUGUGUAGUCUUGCACGGUGAGACUUCCUUUUUUACAUAAUACAAUACAUUUUUCUGUGUCA